CAAUGUUAUAUAUGUACUGAAAAUCUUUGGCGGAGUAAUAGUGUUUGGUUUGUUUGUGUAGGUAUUGUCAUGGCGAUGCUGGAGCCGCCUGUCAAGCCCCCUAGGGGCGUAAAAUAUGCUAAAGAAACGAGUGGAUUAUUGAUGUCAGUGAUACGGACUCUGUCUGCAAGUGAAUCAAAUGAACAGCGAGACAGAGAAAAGGGUAAAUUGGAAAGAGAAUACAAGAAAAGUGACCAAAGAUUGGAUGAACUUGUCUCAUUGCAUGAUCAAGAUCUUACACGUGUUAUGCAGCUGUUUGGAAAGCUCUCUACCCGAGUGCAAUUGUCACGAGAAAAAAUUCAUGCUGUUAAAGAAAACUUACACGCUUGCAAAAUGCUCCUCCGGUGUCGGAGGGAGGAACUGAAAAAAUUGUGGCUUGAAGGAGUUGAGCAUAAACAUGUUCUGGAACUCUUAGAACAAAUUGAUCAGCUUCGGGAGGUUCCUUCAAAGCUGGAAAUGCAUUUGUCAAAGAAACAUUACCUGCAUGCAACCAGGCUUUUGGUUUCUGCUCUUUCUAUGGGAGAAGGUGACUUGGAAGGUGUUGAGGCUCUUCGUGAAGUCAGGAUGGAACUACAGGCCAAGAAGGAGAUACUGCACACGAAACUUACCGAGGAGCUGAGCCAGCAGCUGUACACACACCGUAAGCUUCAGGAGAACAUCCCUCUGCGCCGCCAGGGGUCUGGACGUGACAACUUGCUGUCGGGUUCACUUUCACCAUUUCAACGGGGCUCUGAACUUCGUGCUUCCACGAAAAGUUCCAGACACUUGUUAGAUCCUGGUACUAACAUCAGUCAGGGAAGCAGAGCUAGUCCGGGACCGAUGCAACUAAAAAAUGAGGACUUAAUGAAUAUCAAGGAAGAUACAGAUUUAGAAGAUCCAGAAGCUAGCUCUGAGCACUUCAUGGCAAUUUUGGUAGAAUGUUUAGCCUUGCUGCAUAAGCUGCCAGAUGCUAUUGAGGCUGUAAAGACAAAUAUGCAGAGUGAACUGCUGGCAGUUCUCUCACAGGUAACUCAACAGGUGCAAGACCAUUCUUCAUCAAAUGCCCCACUCCAGCUGCCUACUUCCAACAUUCCAGUGCUGACAUCUGUACCAUCAACUGGUCCUGCAUUUCUGCUGGAGCUGUUCAGUUCUGUGUUUGUACAACUGAGAUGUAUCACAACUGCUCAUGCUUCAUUGUUACACAUUUUUUCUUGCAUUGCUGAAAAACAUCACGUCGAUGUCCACCUGUAUGAAAUGGCUGAUGUCUGGUCAAAAAUGCAAGCUGUUCUGCAGUUGCUCCUUACAGAUUACUUAGACAUUCAGAACACAAGUGGAGAGCCCCAGCAGGCUCCCUCAUUUUCAGAAUCAGCAAGUGACAUGUCUGUCUUCUUCACAAGAAAGAAAUCUUCCAGACAGAAAAAGAGUCCUUUGUUUAAAUUUGACUAUUCAUCCCAUGCUCUAACCAUGAACAGUUAUCUCAAGGACCAGUGGAAGAGUGAUAGAGUUAUGAAGGACUAUGAAGAUCCAGUGCACCCUAAAAAGCCUAAGCAACUGAUAUGCCAACCAGAUCCUCAGAAUAUCAUAUACAUCUUCAUUCCCCUGAUGAAAUUCAUUGAAGAAACUGAGAAAGAAAUUGGGUGUAUCUCAAACAGUCACUGUACAUUGAAGGCAUUUUUGGCUGAUUAUGUGAAGGAAGUCUUCUUGGGACGUCAUCAUGUGACAGUUGCAGGGAAGAUAGAAUUUGCAACCAAAGCACCAGACGCCUGGAGAGCCAUGACAAAUCCAGAUACAGUCAAGAACUUAAGGCUACCCAGGCCGUUAUUACAGAGUACUGUGAUAGUUGAGCAAUGUGUUCAGGAGCUUCGUGGUCUGAUGCAAUCACUUCCAGUAUACUCAGAGCAUUUUCUAGCCAUAAUAUGCAAUAUUGUGCGUGGGUAUCGAGAAACUUGUCAGGCUGCUUAUCGUGGCAUUGUGCAACCUGAUUCUGAGGAUAAACGAAUUUGUAGUGCUGCCUGGUUACGUGAUGAAGACAUUAGCCGUUUUAUCAAGUCCCUACCAAACUGGGUGGACCUCCAAGCAUCAAAGAAGGAAAGCACUAUAGGAGCUGUAACAGUGGAAGAAGAGAGUCCAGAGGAAGUACGGCAGCGUAACAUGAGGGAAGCGGAGAUUUUAGCCAGCAACUUGGGAGAAGGUGGAAUCAGUCGUUAUGAAAUAUUGUCUGAUGUGGGGCAGCUACGUCGCCUUGCCCAUCUGCAAGAGAGUAUGGAGUGGUUUUCAUCAUCAGUGAUGUCUUUUGCUGAAGAAUUGCUCCAUAGUAGCUCUGUCUCAAACCACUCUGCAACUACCUUGGACCAGUUACCGCCAUUACCUGAAUCAUCUGUACAGUGUCUUCUGCAAUUGGCUAAAGAAUUUGAAGAAUUGGCCAACACGUGCCUUUUAGUUCUUCAUCUUGAGGUCCGUGUACAAUGCUUCCACUACUUGUUACCACAGGCUGACACAUUCAAUAGAUUUGCAGGGGGUGGAAUGGACUCGCAAGAGCCAGACCCACAAGUUUUUAAACUCAGCCAAGUCCUUAUCAACAUUGAUGAGGCAAUGACUUCCAGCCUUCAGCCACGAAAAAUCAAGUAUAUAUUUGAAGGUUUGGGACACCUGAUUGCAAAAAUCUUGAUCAGCUCUGCACAGUACAUCAGACAAAUUGACGAAGGCGGAAUUCGAAAAAUGUGUCGCAAUAUUUUUGCUUUGCAACAGACUCUCACCAACAUUACAAUGGCCAGAGAGAUAGCAUUGGAUCAUGCAAGACAUUACUUUGAGCUCUUCUAUCUCACUCCAGAGGAAAUACUAAGCAGAGUGAUGGAGAAAGGACCGAGUUUCUCAGAACUGGAAUACAUGAAUGCCUUCCAGUUAAUACAUCGUAGUCAAUCUGAUUCUGAUUAUGGUGCUGUUAACCUUCACCUUAAACGCUUAUCUGACAUUUUAGGAGAAGUGUCUGUAACAGUGUAAAGAUCUGCAAGUGUGCUGCAAUUCAGGUCUCUUGCAAG